GAAGCCCUAAUGUAUGAAAGUUUAUUUGUAGUCACAUGAGACUAGAGGUGCAGUGAUUUCAACAGUGGGCCAAUGGCUGAGCAUUGGGUGAGUCACCCCUACGUCAGAAUGUGGGGUCUGAGGGACUGUGGUAUUAAUGACACUGGGAAGCAAGCAAGGAAAUGGCAGGGCAUUUUGGGUCUUGACUGUGAACCUAACUUCUGUGGUUGGCAGAGAGGAAGAAGGCCAGGGGUGGGGCAGAAUUCAAGUACCCUUCUUCUACUCUAGUCCCUGGGAGUUUCAUGUCCCUCCACACCAUUUCUGCCCAUUUUUCUGGAUGAUACUUGUGAGUUCUAGAGUUUUCCUCUCUUCCAUGUACGGAGGAAAUGUUUUCUUGUUGCUUGGAAGGGUCCCUACCCAGUCAGUCACAGCCUCGGGCAGAACUAGACCUUCAUUUCAGUCCUCAGUGAGUCCCUCACUCAUUGGCCAGGAGCGCCUGGGCUGACACUCCAUCUCUGUACCUCGGAUUUGGGUGCAAAAUAAGAUUUAUGCCACCAGCCUCACCUGGGACUCUUGGAAAGGACGGGGCUGAUGGCUGUGAAAGUGCUGAGUGCUGGAAGGUGACAGACGGUUAAGCUGGCUGGCAUCAGGUCCUCGGACCUUUGAGGGAGGAUGGAAAAGCCAGGUGCUCUCUGGGCCAUGCCAAGGGAGGGAAUUGGCGAAGGCGCCAGGACAGCUGCGGGCAAGCUCUUCUCUCUUCCCUUCGCCUCGCUCUUCCCCAUUCGGGAAUGGAGCAAAAACUUGAAGCCAUGCGGCCCAGGCCUCCCCUCACCUGGGGGUGCCCUCCAGCUACACAAUCAGAGCCUAGUUUAGACUUGCCAUGGACCUAGGACAUGCCCUCCCACAUUCUGAGCCCUGGCUCUGUAGACAUGUGCCCACAGUGCCCCCUGUGUGGAACCAUCGAGGGGCUCAGUGAGCAGAUGGGCACGAGCACGAAGCGUGCACGCAGGCAGGAUGGUGAAGGAACGCCGUUCCUUCCUCAACGCUCCUGCCGGUCUGUACCGUCAGCCCUCCGUCUGACCUUCCGUAACCCGGAGCUCCCCCAGCAACCCGUGAACCACUCCCAUACUGACUGGAAUCAGCCUGUAUUCUAGAAUCUUGUCCCCCUCCUAUGUCCUCGUGGUUCUAGCAUCCCACCACAAUUCCAGACCACGCACUCAGGACCCGGAAGGGUCAGCUGCUGCUCCCGAACGGGGCCGGCUUGCUCAGGUUCCGCUGUCGGGCUCGCGUCUAUGCGGCCGCCACGAUGCGGUGGGUGGACCGGCUAGCUGUGCUCUUCUUCCCACAAGGGAUGGUGCUCACCGCCGCUGCCCUGAUGAUCUUCUUUAUACACCUCGGCGUCCUUGCCAGCGACGUGCACAACUUCUACGUGACCCACCGCUACGACCGCAUGAGCUUUCAAUACACGGUGGUCCUGAUGUUCUCCCAGGUGAUCAGCAUCUGCUGGGCCGCCAUGGGAUCACUCUACGCUGAGAUGACAGAUGACAAGUUUCUUCGGUGCUUUGCCCUGACCAUCCUGAUCCUAAAUGGAGUCAUGUUCUUCAACCGCCUGUCCCUUGAGUUUCUGGCCAUCCAGUACCGGCAGGAGAACCACUGAGGCCUGAGGAC